AUGAACUCGUCGUUGAGUCCACCGAUGGUCGACUUCUGCGUGUCGACGGAAUUGAGUUUCCUUAUUGAACUCAAACUUGACGUACCGAUCUUUGGUAAGGUGAAUGGCAAGUGUAGGGAUUCUCAAAAUAGGUUUAUCCAGCUUGACCAACUUCGAGACGAAUUUUCCACCCUCAUUCACGAAAACCCGACCGGCAACACUCAAAUCUCUGUCGAACCAGGUGUGCCAGAUUCCUCCACCGUAGGUCUCCACACCAACUUGGACGUAUCCUUCUCUCUUCUGAUCUGA